CUUUUCUCAAACGCUGUCUCCUCUGUUACCAGAAUCAUUCAGCAUGCUUUCCGGAUGGAUAAUUUCAAUGAUUUUACUCAUUUCUCAGAUUAAAGAAAAGGUAGUCCCUGGAAUACAGGGUCAAGAAGUGGUUCAUCCUAAAAGGCUUCCUCGGCUACAGAAGCGAGAUGUCGGACACAGCCAUGAGGGUGGCAUACCGGAAACAUAUGAAGAAGAACUCUUGUAUGAAAUAAAACUAAAUAGAAAAAGCUUAAUACUUCACCUUCUAAGGUCAAGGGAGUUCUUAGGCUCAAAUUACAGUGAAACAUACUACUCCCUAAGAGGAGAGGCACUCAUCAAGCAUCCUCAGAUCAUGGAUCACUGUUUCUAUCAGGGAGCCAUCAUGCACGAGUAUGAUUCUGCUGCCAGUAUCAGCACAUGUAACGGUCUCAGGGGAUUUUUCAGAGUAAAUGACCAAAGGUACCUCAUUGAACCAGUGAAAUACUCAGAGGAGAGAGAACAUCUGGUGUUCAAAUACAACCCGAGGAUGCCAUAUGCUGCCAAUUUUUCUUGUGCAGAGGUCAAUUUCACCAGGAAAACUGUUUCAGGGGAUACUAUAUCCAAGGAAGACUCCAAAACGAAAAACAUCCGUAAGAAAAACUAUGUUGAACUGUUCAUUGUAGCUGAUGAUAACAUGUAUCGCAGGAAUAGUCAUCCUCACAAUAAACUAAGGAGCCGAAUUUGGGGAAUGGUCAAUUUUGUCAACAUGAUUUAUAAAACCUUGAACAUUCACGUGACACUGGUUGGCAUAGAAGUGUGGACAAACGGGGAUAAAAUAGUACAACAUUCAAAUAUAGAAACCACCUUACUGCGUUUUUCAACUUGGCAAGAAACAUUCCUUAAACCGAGGAAGAAUUUUGAUCAUGUUUUCUUACUCAGCGGCAAGUGGCUCUACACCAAUGCACAAGGAAUUUCUUACCCAGGGGGAAUGUGCCUGCCCUAUCGUUCCUCCAGUGUCAUUAAGGAUCUCUUACCUGACAUAAAUAUAGUUGCAAACAGAAUGGCACAUCAGCUGGGACAUAACCUUGGGAUGCAGCAUGACAAGUUUCCAUGCACCUGUCCUUUUGGCAAAUGUGUGAUGGAUACCAGUGGAAGCAUUCCUGCACUAAAAUUCAGUAAAUGCAGCCAAAACCAAUAUCACCAAUACCUGAAGGAUUACAAGCCAGCAUGUAUGGGCAACAUUCCAUAUCCUGGCAAGUUCCCUGAUUUCCCAUACUGCGGAAACAAGAAGUUGGAUGAGGGAGAAGAGUGUGACUGUGGCCCUGUUCAGGAGUGCACUAAUCCUUGCUGUGAUGCACACAGAUGUAUAUUGAAGCCAGGAUUUACUUGUGCAGAAGGAGAAUGCUGUGAAUUUUGUCAGAUUAAAAAAGCAGGGUCCACAUGCAGACCAGCAAAAAAUGAAUGUGAUUUUCCUGAAGUGUGCACCGGCCACUCCCAUGAAUGUCCUAAGGACCAAUUCCACGUCAAUGGAUUUCCCUGCAAGAACGCAGAAGGCUACUGCUUCAUGGGCAAAUGUCCCACACGUGAUGAUCAGUGCUCUGACCUAUUUGAUGACGGGGCCAAAGAAAGCCAUGAUAUGUGCUACAAAAUGAAUAAAAAGGGAAAUAAAUUUGGAUACUGCAAAACCCAGGAAAACCGAUUCAUUCCCUGCGAAGAUAAAGAUGUCAAGUGUGGGAAGCUAUACUGUGCUGGGGGACAUCGUUCAUCUCUCCAUGGAGAAGACAAGCUCUAUCACCUCAAAACCCCAAAGAAGAGUGGCUGGAAUGCCACCAUCAAAUGCAAAACCAUGUUUUUAUACCACAAUUCUGAAGACGUUGGCUUAGUUGCCGUUGGAACAAAAUGUGGAGAUGGAAUGGUAUGCAACAAUGGUGAAUGUGUGAACAACGAAAAGGUCUACAAUUCAACAAACUGCCACUCUCAAUGUGAUAAAAAUGAGGUGGAUGACCACGAGUGCCAGUGUGAGGAAGAGCAGACACCUGUGGACUGGGAAGAAACCUUUAACGUUACCAAUAUCGUCAUCUUGGUGACUGUGCUUGUUCUGGUUUUUAUCGGUGUUGGAAUCGUCACAUUAUUAAUUCGGUACCAAAAAUGUAUUAGGUUGAAGCAAAUUCAAAGCCCACCUAGAGAAAUGCUGGGAGUGGAGAAUAAAGGAUACUUUGGUGAUGAGAAACAGAUACGGACGGAGCCAAUCUUGCCAGAUAGUCAUCCCCUGUCUCAGAAAACCACUGAGCCCUUGGAGAACCUUCCGACCAAUUUUUCAAGUCCUCACUACAUCACACUGAAACCUACAAGUAAAGAUUCAAGAAGAAUCACAGACCCCAAUCAAAGCACCGAUGUGAACUUGAAAUUGGAUAUCCAAAGUGGCUGUGCGAGGCUAGGUUGAGGAGUCUGGAUGCAAGAUCUUCC